AUAAAGAAAAGAGAGGGAUUUUUUUCAUUGAUUCGGCAACACGAAAGCUAGCGAGAGGAAGAGAAAUGGAUCCACAGCUAACAGAAGUUUCGCAGCUGUUCGAGCGAUUCAAAGCUGCAUUUGUUAGAAAAGAUUUCGAUACCUGCACCAAUUUCCUUUCUCAACUCAAGGUGUUGCUCACAAAGUUCGUGAGCCUUCCUCCGCUGUUUGAAAAUACACCUAAUGCGGUUAAUGAAUUGCUGUUAGCAGGAGAAAUUUAUGAACAUGCUGUUGUCCUCAGUGUUAAGAUUGAGGAUCAAGAUGCCUUUGAGAGGGACUUUUUCCAGUUGAAGCCCUAUUAUACAGAUGUUGGUAGCCGUCUUCCACUGUCUCAGCAAGAGUACCUGAUCCUAGGUCUUAAUCUCUUGAGACUUCUUGUCCAGAACAGAAUUGCUGAGUUCCAUACAGAACUGGAAUUGCUUUCAGCCACUGCUUUGGAGAAUCCUUGCAUCAAGCAUGCUGUGGAGCUGGAGCAAUCUUUUAUGGAAGGGGCUUACAAUCGUGUUUUGGGUGCUAGACAGACUGCUCCUCAUGAAACUUAUGUUUACUUCACGGAUCUCUUGGCAAAAACAGUGAGAGAUGAAAUAGCUGGAUGCAGUGAGAAGGCAUACAACUAUCUUGCAAUUAAUGAUGCCCGCCAAAUGUUGCUUUUCUCCUCUGAUCAAGAACUCUUUGAGUAUUGUAAAGAGGUAAGCGUUCAAGUAACAUCCAUAAUAUCUAUAAAAUGUGAAUUUUUUUUCAAAGGCUUUGGAAAACAAAGAUUGUUUCGACUUGUACCCAAUGAUUGCAGGAGCAUCCUGAGUAGGAGGUGAAGAAUGGAUUCGUCUUCUUUCAGAAGGCGAAAGAAUCGACACCAUGUAAGGAGAUCCCAUCCUUACAACUGAUCAACCAAACUCUUAGUUAUGCUAGGGAGUUGGAGCGGAUUGUCUAGGCAAGUUGCUAUCGGUGGUUGCUUUUGCUGCUGCU